GCCCGAAGAUCCCUUAUAUCCGGUUAAAGGUGCCUGGAGAGCAUUUGAAUUUGGGCCACGGAGCUGCAUUGGCCAGACAUUGGCGAUGCUGGAGCUUCGGAUUGCCCUGGCCAUGACUAUCCGUCAGUUCGAUAUUACGCCAGCAUACGAUGAGUGGGACAGCAUUCACCCGGCCACGACGGCCAAAGAAGUAAAUGGGCAUCGUGCCUACCAGGCGGAGAGAGGUGCUGGGGGCGCCCACCCUGCCGAUGGGUUUCCAUGCCGUGUCAAGGACCGAUGCUGAAACUGGCUAUAGCUUCCAUUCAAUCAUCCUGUAGCAUGCGUGUCGCACUUUACCUGUCCCUGCCCGGCUGUAGGAGCAACCCAUGCUUUGGUGGGGUCUACAGAUUUUAGGAAUAUGAUGCCCUGGUCAGAGAACCAAGUAAACAUUCACGGUAGUCCUGUACAAUUCUUGACCCUAGCCAAGGCGGGACAUGCAAAGCAAGCCACAAGAGAUCUGGUCUGUGGCUUGUGGAUUACGUUAUCGAAGACAGGGAUCUCUUGUUCGGAGAGCGAAAAGAUUAAUUGACUGCUGUGGAGGAACGUUGCUGUGUUAUCAUAUCAUUGUUGUCUAUCUCCAGUUCUCAACCAAAGCUAUCCACCUUUUUGUUUGGAUAACCGCCACAUUUUCCCUUGCCCGUCCCUGAAUUAGAUUGGACUGCGAUUGAGCCGACUCUCUGACCUCCUAAAAUGCCCCUCUCGGAAAAUGCAGCCCUGCGUCUGGCAGGCAACGCCUUUGGCACCAUCAUCCUCGGUUUUGGCGUCAACGCCCUCAUACGCCCCGAUCACGCCCUUUCCUUCUUCGAAUGGACGCCGCCCACAGCAACGGCGGACCGACAGCUCGUGGACAGUCUCAUGUACGUGUACGGAGUCCGGGACAUUUACAUCGGGCUGUCGGUGUACGUGGCCUCGAUAUUCGGCACACCCAAGUCACUCGGAUGGACGUUGUUGGCGUUCAGUGCGGUUGCCUUUGCAGACGGCGCGAUUUGCUGGUCGUGGGGACACGGGGAAUGGGGGCAUUGGAGCUAUGCGCCCAUCGUGGCGUUGAUUGGCACUGCUCUUUCGGGACUGUUGGAUUGAGUAUGAGGUUGCCGGUCUAGAUUUGUGUGGAAAUAGAGAAAUGCAAGUGCAGCGUUGAGCCACUUGAGUGUAUCCAGGGGGCUUGAGAUGGCCGCUUCGCUGUCCGAAAUCGAUGGUUUUCGCGAUCCGAGCCAGACUCUGGGGUGCGGCACGGGGAGGGACCAUGUGCAUUGAUUGAGGGUGUACGUGAAUUAUGAGAGACUCUAUGAAUGCAUUUCUAAAGACAAUAGGUUGAUCUACUACUUGUUGCGAGGUUCCAGCGUAACCCACAACGGUUUUUUGUCCCAGAGAAUCCAAAUGCCCUGCUCGGCCAACCAGUCUGUAUCCUUCAUACGCGUAGUAUCUAACCGUAGAUUGAAAUGCCACAGAAGCUUGACCAGGAUUAACCGCAUCUCC